UUUGGCCCAGGAGGAUGGUAAUGCUGUUGAAAAACACUCAUGUUAUCCUGACAUGUGUGAUCUCAUGAGGGAGGUUGUUGCCAUGAGAGAAAAACUUACAGCGGUGGAAACCAAACUGAAGGACAGUGAAACCAGGCUGAUCGACAGUGAAACCAGGCUGAUCGACAGUGAAACCAGGCUGAAGAACAGCGAAAACCAGAUUCUGGAAUUGAGGAACAAAGAAAGAACCAAGGUGGCAUUUACUGCAGCUACAGGAGGAGGGAAUCAGGCCAUUGGACCCUUCAACACAGAAAAAAUUCUCAUCUACAGAACUGUGAAAACAAACAUCGGCAGCGCCUACAGUCGAUCAACAGGUGUCUUCACUGCACCUGUUUCAGGUGUUUAUUACUUUACCAUCUUCUAUCAUGCUGGAGGGAAAUCCAGGGCAAGCUUGAGUCUCUUCAAGAACAAUGAAAUUAUCGUCCUGACGUCUGAUCACCAGUCAAAGUAUGACACAGCUGAUAACGGAGGAAAUGCAGCGUUCCUGCAGCUGCGGCCAGGAGACCAGGUGUAUGUGCGCAUGGCUAAAAACUCACAUGUUUGGGGAAAUGACUACUGUACAAUCUUCAGCGGUUUUCUUGUCACUCAAAUGUGAGAAUCAAUGCACUACACAUCUAUUAAUUUCUGAAUGAAAAUAUAUAAAUGUAAUAAAAUCUGCCAAACAUGUAUGUUAAAAAUCUGUUGAACCAGAUGGCAGAUGCUCAUAAUAUUAGUCUUUAAUUAUUGCUUCUUCUUUUUUUCAUUUCAUUACGGUGAAUUUAUGCUACAUUUGGAAUUUCUGGAAGGCAUUGCUGCCCAAAAAACAACUUGUUGAGUUGAUUAGGUUUGCACAUUGAGAAAGAAACAAAAAGAUCAGUGCAAACACUCAUUCCCAUUACAAUGUCAGUCUGAAAAUCAUGUAAUUAUUCUAUAAUCAUUCCUGUGUUUUAGUUCAUUGUGAUGAAAAGAUGAUGUUUGUAUUUAAGAAAUACAAUUGUAAAAUUAUGUAAGUAAGUUUGUGUUU